AUGGAACGCCGCAUUACUCGCUCUGCAGCACGAGCUGCCGCUGCAUUGAUUGCCGGAGAAGAAAACAGCACUUCUGUCCCUCAACCACCACCCAAUCCCGCAAUCAAGCAAGAGAAACCAGUAUUGCGCCCAGCCUUGUUUGAUGAACUCCCCCACAACCUAGGGCCUGUGCCACCCACGUUAUCUAUAGGCACACAGCCUGCACCUUCAAUUGCUGAAUCUGACAAGGAAAAUCAAACUUUGAAGAGCAAUCAGGUUGCUAAUCUAGCUACCGAGCUCCAAACCACUGUGAACAAUGCUACAAUCAAGUUGAAGAAAGAGCCCAAGAUUCGAACUACCUCAACCGGCCGCAAGCCAAAGAAGAAUCCUUAUGGUUUGACCCCCGGCAUCUCUCCUUUCCCCGAACUGGUUCGACCAACCGCCGAGGAGUGUGAAAAUGUUACUCAGCUGUUGUCCAGCAUUCAUGGCGUAGUCACUGCUCCAGCAACUAUCCCUGAGCCCUCUCUGACAGUCACCGGGUGCGGUGAGGUCCCAUCCGUCCUGGAUGCUUUAAUCCGCACUCUUCUCAGUGGUGCCACCACGGGCAGCAAUGCUGCCAAGGCCUUUGGCGGCCUUGUGCAACGAUUUGGCAUUCUUUCAGAAGGCGUCGGCAAGGGAAGCGUGAAUUGGGAUGCUGUACGACAGGCUACUGUGAAAGACGUUUUUGAAGCGAUCAAAAGUGGUGGCUUGGCCGACAUCAAAAGCAAGAACCUCAAGGCGAUCCUUGAAAUAGUCCACGAGGACAACCAGGCGCGCCGAGCUACAUUGUUAAAUUCUGAGUCCAAGAACGACUCGAUGUCCAAGCUAGUAGUACCUGAAAAGGCUGAUAAGGACAAGCAAUACGAGAUUGCCUGCGCAGACCAGAACUUCCUCUCCCUCAACCAUCUCCACAAUCUCACCACUCAAGAGGCCAUGGCCGAUUUGAUCAAGUACCCUGGAAUCGGACCCAAGACAGCCGCCUGCGUGAUCCUGUUCUGCCUCCAGCGGCCCUGUUUCGCUGUCGACACGCACAUCUUCCGGCUCUGCCGCUGGCUGGGAUGGAUUCCUGUUAGUGCAAACGAAGUAACUGCCUUCAGUCACCUGGAAGUGCGCAUCCCCGACCACUUGAAGUAUUCACUCCACCAGUUGUUCAUCCGGCACGGAAAGACCUGCCCCCGGUGCCGAGCUGCCACUGGCGAGUCCAGUGCUGGCUGGCAGGACGGCUGUGUCAUUGAUCACCUUUUAACUCGCGACGGGAAGCGCAAGGGCAAUGGGCCUACUAUGAGUUCUAAGAAGAAAGCAACCGCUAAGAGCGCGGCUGGUAAGCGUAAGAGAAUGAACAAGGACUCCGAGGAAGAAACUGAGGAAAGCGCGAGUUCACUUUCUGAAGAAAUGAGUGACGAAUGA